UCUUUCUGAAAUAGAAAUCUUGGGUUGAAGACCUUGAGCCUGGACAACACUUCUCUCUCUGGGCAGCAGGAAAAAAACUUUCAUUGCUUUUUUCUACCUGCCAUCUGAAUUUACCGGAGACUCUUGAUGGGCUGUGGUUUUCCCUUGACCGGACUUCUAACCAGCUGUCUGACUCAAACAGGCUCCUUCUUCAGGAGAGAACAUUCAGACUAACACGGCUACCCCUCUGAUACUACUAAGUUGGCAUCUUAAAAUCAGGACCUUCCUCAUAAAGAGAACAAAUAAAGAUUGAUUGUUAGGAUGUCUGGACGCGGAAAGAAAAAUGUGAAACCGACAACUGCCUCGAAGACAACCAAGUCAGCGAAGGCUGGUCUGCAAUUCCCAGUGGGUCGUGUCCACCGGCUUCUCAAAAGAGGGAACUAUGCUGAGAGAAUAGGUGCUGGCGCUCCGGUUUACCUGGCGGCCGUGCUGGAAUAUCUGACUGCUGAGAUAUUGGAACUGUCAGGAAAUGCUGCUCGUGAAAACAAGAAAAGCAGGAUUGGGCCACGACACAUCCAGCUGGCCGUGAGGAAUGACGAAGAGCUGAACAAGCUGUUUGCUGGGGUGACCAUUGCUGAAGGAGGAGUUAUGCCCAACAUCCUUCCUGCUCUUGUUCCCAAGACCACAAAGGUGCCUAAGCAAGGACUAAAAGAUGGCCAGUCACAGGAAUUCUAGUAACCGCUAGUCUGCUGAAAGGGUGCUGUUUCUAAGGCUGGCUUUCUCCACAACACUAGCACUUC